AUGUCCUCUCCCAAGGACAGUAAAAGUAGUCUUCCUACCGUGACCAAAACUGAAGCUGCGACCACGGAAGCGGCCACCAACGCAGACACAGCAAAGCCCCCAACCUCAAAUGCCCAGCCGCUUGCACCUCCACCAAAGCCAGCACCCGCGACCACUGGAGAUACACCAGACUACUUCAACACCGUACACAACCCAUUCUCCCUCGAGCCCAACGUCUUUGAGCAGUCCUUUGGCGGCGAGUCUGGAAACUUGCAGACACCUGGAGGCCGCCCUAUUCUUCCACCCGUUGCGAACAUUACGUCACCGGCACCCCUACCGGGCAUCACACCAGGGUGGCAGGGCUUACGCGCAGGACCCUUGAGCCCUGCUAUGCUGAGCGGCCCGACUGGACAGACAGAUUAUUUCAGCGAGUCAUUCCGAGGCUUCCCAACACCAAACGAAUCCUCUCUCCGCACCGGCCUUACUCCUGGCGGCGGUGGUUCCAUGUUCCCAGCCCCUAGCCCGAACACCCAAGCCAUCUUCAACCUCCAGAGCGCUGGCGUAACACCCGGCACUGCCGACUUCCAGCAAUCUGCCUUGCGCGCAGCUGCUCAACACCAAGCUGCUAACAACAACAAGUCCACGUCUAACGCACCUACGUCGCAGCCAGAAGGCGUGACCGCAGGCAUGGACCGUCCUAACAACAACUACCAGCAGGUGCAGCAGUCACAACAGCGCGCCCAGAACGACCCAUAUCCAAACCAUGACGUCAGCAGUGCAGCUAACGAUCUAUUGUCCUUUGCCAGUCAAAAUGGUGCUGCACGCAACAACCAACCACCUUACUCCAUGGCUCCACAACAGCAAUCGAUGAACGCUGGGCAUAUGCCUGUCCAGCCUGUCAACGCCAACCAUGGUCGCCGUGAUACCAAGGGUUCUAUUAAUAGCGUUCAAUCUGCAGAGACCGGUGACUUCUCAGAGAGCGGCCAGAGUGAGCAAAACAAGACUGGUACACGGUCGCGCGCUAAGAAGGGUGCCGCUAACGGCAAACAAGCUGCCGGAAACAAGCGCAAAGCCGAAGAUGGCCCCAAGAACUCAAGAAAGAAGAGCAACGCCAACCAAUCCAUGGGCGACGACAUGGACGACGGCGACUCCGAUGACGAGAACAACAUCAAAGAAGAGGAAUACGAUAGCAAGGGUCGCAAGAUGACCGAUGAGGAGAAGCGUAAGAACUUCCUCGAGCGCAACAGGGUCGCUGCUCUCAAGUGCCGACAGCGCAAGAAGCAGUGGUUGGCAAAUCUUCAAGCCAAGGUUGAACUAUUCAGUACAGAGAACGACGCGCUCUCUGCCACUGUCACACAGCUUCGCGAAGAGAUUGUCAACCUCAAGACACUGCUUCUUGCUCACAAGGACUGCCCCGUAUCGCAGGCUCAGGGCCUACAUGGAGCUGCCAUGAAUAACUUCCUCGGAAGCGACAUCAGCCAUCAAAACCCAUAUGGCAUCGCUCAACUGCAACCCAAUGGCGUCCACAUGAUGCCGAUGCAGCAAGGCCAGAUGAUGAACCGGUUCGUAUACCAAUCCCAAAGGAACCAGAGCCCUGAUGAACAGGAAGACGGCCGGUAUCCAUCAAAGUAUUGA